UUCGAGUAUGGAGGUCGAAAAUGCGGAUAAUAAUGAAAAACCAACAAAAACGAGACCGAAGAUAACGCUGCCAACGUACACAAGUCGACCAACGGAGCCAGCAACGACGUAUUUUGCACCGGCAACAGGACUACCGGGCUCGACAAAUGGCUUUCAGUACGUGGAUUACAUGUAUCCGCAAAAAGCGGGGGAAUUUAUAUUCAAACAGUUUGAAGGUUUUCGGGAUUUUACGAUGAAUACCGCGAAAUCAGGUCUUGGUUUCGGCGAAAAAUAUGCAUUUUGGAUGUACAACAAAGUCGCACAAUGGUCCCGAAGUACAUUCACACAUAUCUUCCUCACGAUUGUCGUGCUGUUGUAUAGCAUGGCAGGCGCCGCUCUUUUUCAAAUGAUUGAAGGUCGGGCAGAACGACGGGUGCGACGGGAUAUUGCAAAUAACAGAACUGACUUAAUUGAACAGAUUUUGAAUUAUACGAUGCAACCUCCGGUGUCAGAAAUUCAGAAAUUUAAUGACACAAAAUUAAAAACAGACAUCGAACAAAUGAUCCUGAAUUACGAAGCAGCUUUAAGACAACAUUUGAUCGAAGGAAAUUACGAUAAGGAAACUGCCAAAUGGUCCUUUUGGAAUGCCAUGUUCUUCUGCGGGACUGUUUACACAACUAUUGGUUACGGCCAUAUCGUGCCAAAAACUAAAACUGGAAAAGCUCUUACCAUUGUCUAUGCCAUAAUUGGUGUCCCGUUGUUCCUCAUCGUACUUGCUGACUUUGGAAAACUCUUCACACGAAUCAUCAAGUUCCUCUGGGCGUACGUUAGAAGACUUUAUUAUACAGGCUCUUGUCGAAAAGUGAGGAAACAACCGCAAGUUCAAGAAAUGAUGCGCGGAAUUAACGUAAUGUACGACAUUGUUCGACGCCCAAGUCAGAUGGUAACCACAUUGGGAGUACUUCAAACUGAUGAUUCUCAUCAAAAUACUCCGGCACAAGAUUUAAAUAUCUCUCCGAGAUCACGUGCAAGUACCAUAUCUCGCCCAACUUGCGAUUCGCCAACAACUUUACCCGAAGAGAUCGAAAUCGAUGACGAAUUUAAUCUUCCGAUCAGUUUGGCGCUCUCGAUUUUGAUCAUUUACAUGCUUAUCGGAGCUGCCGUUUACAACAUUUGGGAACAAUGGAACUUUUUCGAGUCCUUUUACUUCGUUUUUAUUUCCAUGUCGACUAUUGGCUUCGGAGAUUUGGUCCCGGAUCAUCCGAUGUUCAUGAUGGCGAGCAUAAUUUACUUGAUAUUCGGUCUCGCGCUCACUUCGAUGUGCGUUAAUGUCGUGCAAAUCAAGCUCAGUGACACUUUUCGCAUGGCAAGCGCCAAAUUAGGGGCAACAAUCGGCUUGGAACACGUCGAUGCGGAAAAUGUGUCGGUAGCGGAGGAACAAACACCUGUUGAAUUAAGUACAGUGCAAGUUUUAAUGGAAAAUAUACAAGAAAAAGACGAAAAUGACGCAGAAAACGUGAACGAUAUUGAACAAUUACCGCCUUUACUGCCGAAAAAAGAUGCUUUGAAGCAACCCGGAAGACCCCCAAAGAGCGGCGAUAAGGAAAAAAAGAGCAAAUUCAAGAAAAAAUUCUUCGGCAAAAAGUAAAAUCCCACCAAAAAUGUGAAAAAAAUUGUAAAUUGUAAAAUUUUUAUUUCUUAAAAACGUACUUUUAUGUAA